GUAGCGGAGGCGGCUCCGCGGACCAUCGACCACUUCUACGUUUUAGCUUCGUAACACGUUUGUGUCUUACGUGUCUCUUCCUUCAGUAUGUGACCUGAACUUUGCACUGUCGAACCUCUAUUGGCCGCUCUGGCCAAGACUUGACACUUUCGGAAGUCACAAUGAGCCGCCUGUCAGGACUGGGAAAAUUCAAACAUUUUGGAGCACCGUGACCGCAACGUUCCGCCUUUCAACAGUCCAUUCGCUAGUCUCACAACAUGUCCUCCACCUAUGGUACCCACCUCCGCCGCUGGCUGCUUGGUCUUCCUCCAGUCGAAUGGGCAGUCCAGCAGAUCCGCGGGCUUCUCAUCAGUACGCUCAAAUGCGGCCCCAUACCCCAACAUAUCGCCUUCGUGAUGGACGGCAAUCGACGCUAUGCCCGCCAGAACUCGCUCGAGACUGUCGAGGGGCAUCAUAUGGGCUUUGAAGCGCUGGCACGCAUUCUCGAGGUCUGCUACAAAAGCGGCGUUCGAGUUGUCACGAUCUACGCCUUCAGUAUCGAGAACUUCAAGCGGAGUAGGUACGAGGUGGACGGCUUGAUGGACAUGGCCAAGACGAGACUCGUGCAAAUGAGUCAACACGGGGAGCUAUUCGAGCGAUAUGGGGCACGCGUGAGAAUCUUGGGCGAUUUGAGCUUAGUGCGGGAAGACGUGAUGGAGCAAUUAGACCGGGCUGCGGAAAUGACGAAGCAUCAUGACCGUGCUGUGCUGAACGUUUGCUUCCCGUAUACGUCAAGAGAUGAGAUCACGAGGAGCAUACGAGAGACAGUACGAGAAUACAGCACGCCAAGCCAGAGGGCGGCGGGAAGGGGUGGUUUCAGUGAGAGCCACCGGACAUCCGGAGUGUAUCGGCUGAGUGAUUUUAUGCUAUGGCAAUGCCAUGAGGACACCGAGAUCCGCUUUGUCGAUGUAUUAUGGCCGCAGUUCUCCCUGACGACAUUCAUGCCUAUACUCUUGGAGUGGCAGUGGCGGCAGAGAAGGAAGGCUUCAGAUGAGAGUCGGCAGGGUGUGCUGAAAGUGCAAUAGCCAACGGCAAAAGUGCUAAUCUUUGCAAGGCGUUGGCGGCAUGGUGCAUUGCAAUCGAAAGGACGCUCUGCGAUACCCGUUUGUACAUUUUAUGAUAUCA